GGCAGGAGAGCGAGGUGGGAUUUCCCCAGUUGUCCCCCUUCCCCUUCUGACCCUCCGCUUUCCUCGCAAGGUUUUCUGCUCCGUGGGAACCGCUGCGCUUCUCCUCCUCGGUUGCUGCUUCUGCGAAGGGCUCUCCGGUCCCCUUAAAAUCCUCCCUCUGAGCGCCUCCCCCCCCCCUUCCUUUCCCGCAGCCCCACAUUUGGUGCAGGUCGGCUCGCAGGUCGAGGCCGCCUGGUUUUGGGGAAGGUUGGGCACCACCAUUUCCACCUCCCUGGGUUUGGAGGGGAGGAGGAGGAUCUGGGCUCAGAGGGAUCGUGGCUGGAGGGGCUCUCUCGGAGGGCUUGAACCAGUGGUGGGUUUCAAAAUUGUUUUACUACCGGUUCUGUAGGUGUAGCUUGGUGGGUAUGGCAUGGCUUGGUGGGUUUGGCAGGGGAAUAUUACUGCAAAAUCCCCAUUUUCUCCUGAUCAGCUGGGACUUGGGAGGCAGACAAUAGAUGGGGGCGGGGCCAGUCAGAAUGUUUACUACCGGUUCUCCGAACUACUCAGAAGUUCUGCUACGGGUUCUCCAGAACUGGUCAGAACCUGCUGAAACCCACCUCUGGCUAGAACCCUGAUAGGAGGAGACCAGUGGCAUCUCAAGGUGGGUGAUGGAGACCUGAGAGGCGUGCAGGUGGGCUUGCUUGGAGAUGCAGCACCUGAAUCUGCCUCUCUUACCUGUGUGGUGAUUGCUGCAUCCCUAUUUAUCUCCACCCCACUAACUGAUCCUCAUGGAAGUUUUCAAUUUUUGUUUUAGCCCUAUUAUUAUUAUUAUUAAUUAGAUUUUUAUACCGCCCUUCUCCCGAAGGACUCAGGGCGGUUCACAGCCAUAAUAAAACAUAGACAAUAUACAAAUAAAAACAGAGAUUAAAAAACUUAUUAUAUAAUUGGCUAAAAUUUAAAACAAUAUACUGUUAAAACCCCUAAAAAUUUAUAUCAAAAUAUGAAUAUUAAAAUUAAACUCUUUAAAAUUAUAAAAUUAUAAAAUUUAAAAUUACAAAGCCAGUCCCACGCGAAUAAACAAAUAGGUCUUCAGCUCGCGGCGGAAGGUCCGAAGGUCAGGCAGUUGACGCAAUCCAGGGGGAAGUUCGUUCCAGAGGGUAGGAGUCCCCACAGAAAACGACAUUGCUUGGCGGAUGGCACCCUGAGAAGCCCCUCUCUGUGUGAGCUUAUGGGUCGGUGGGAGGUGUUCGGUAGCAGAAGGCGGUCCCGUAAGUACCCUGGCCCUAAGCCAUGGAGCGCUUUAAAAGUAGUAACCAACACCUUGAAGUGCACCCGAGAGACCACAGGCAGCCAGUGCAGUCUGCGCAGGAGUGGUGUUACAUGGGAGCCACGUGUGGCUCCCUCUAUCACCCGCGCAGCCGCAUUCUGAACUAACUGGAGCCUCCGGGUGCUCUUCAAGGGGAGCCCCAUGUAGAGAGCAUUGCAAUAAUCCAGGUGGGAGGUAACAAGAGUGACCGUGCAUAGGGCAUCCCGGUCAAGGAAGGGCCGCAACUGGCGGAUCAGGCGAACCUGAUGAAAAGCUCUCCUGGAGACGGCCGUCAAGUGAUCUUCAAACGACAGCCGUCCAUCCAGGAGAACGCCCAAGUUGCGCACCCUUUCCAUUGGGGCCAAUGAUUCGCCCCCAACAGUCAGCUGCAACUGCAGCUGCCUGUACCGGGGUGCCGGCAUCUACAGCCACUCCGUCUUGGAGGGAUUGAGCUUGAGCCUGUUUCUCCCCAUCCAGACCCGUACGGCUUCCAGGCACCAGGACAGUAUUUUGAUAGCUUCGUUGGGGUGGCCUGGGGUGGAAAAGUACAGCUGCGUAUCGUCAGCGUACAGCUGGUACCUCACCCCAAAACCACUGAUGAUCUCACCCAGCGGCUUCAUAUAGAUGGGCUGUACUAUCUACCCUGAAAAAGAAGCUUUCCACUGUGUUUACAAAAAGAGAUGAGGAGAUGAGAUGAAGGGGGUUCUGUAAUAUACAGGUAAUCCUGGACUCAAAACAGUUCAUUUAAUGACAUUUCUCAAGUUACAUUGGUGUUGAAAAAAAUAACUUAUGGCCAUUUUUUUACACUUAUGGCCAUUGCAGCAUCCCCAGCGUCAUGUGAUUUACAUUGGCAGCUGGUUCAUAUUUAUGACAGUUGCAGUGUCCUGGGGUCAUGUGAUUCCUUUUUGCAACCUUCUGACAAGUAAAGUCAGUGGGGAAACCCAGAUUCACUUAACAACCGUGUUACUAAUUUAACAAUGGCAGUGAUUCACUUAACAAAGGUGGCAAGAAAAGUUGUAAAAUGGGGCAAAGCUCACUUAACAAAUUUCUCACUUAGCAAAAUACAUAAGCUGAGGAUUACCUGUAUUUAGAAAGGUAAAUGAAUUUCAGGUCAAGUGACAGGUCUGGAAGCUCUAGUAUCUGCCUGCAGAGCAUUUUGGGGAACAGAGACUGGUGUGCAGAAGAGCCAAGUUGGUUGAGGUCCAGAGAAGCUUCAAAUUCUUCGAUUAAAAUGCCACAUGGCAAAUUUCUGUUCAUAUCCUAUCCAGCUUCCUCUAGUUAUUGCAUUACAUUCUCCCCUAUCAAUUUUCAGUUUUUCUCCAAAUUCCAUGUCUUUAUCAGGUGGAGAAUUUCCCUGAGUUUCCUCAGUUUGCUCUCCCUUUCUGUAAAUAUUACUUUAAAUAUUUUAACAUAAAGUAAAUUUUGGGGCACUUUAGAGCCUACUAACUUCAGGUUGGCAUAUGGAUGAUGGUAUUUUGGGCUUUUUUAAAGAGGAGGGCAAGGUCCAUUUUCCCAAAGUGUUUCGAAAGGAUAAAUCAGUGCCUGGAUCAAUCAUUUUUAAUGCAAAACUCUUCAGUAAGUUUAAUGCCAAGGGCAUUCCCCACACAUGUUCCCACAUAUUGAAGUACUGUUAAAAACAAUUUUUAAAAACUUCCUUGGUAUAAGGAUACAGGGAAAAGAAAAUAUGAACUUUCAGAUUAACAUCUGAAAAAGGAUCUUGACUUUCACUCUGGCUCAACAACACUAACUGUGCUGUGAGGGAUCUAGGAAUUUUAGUGGACAACCAGUCUUAAGUAUCCACUGAUCAGUGUGCUGCAGCUGCAGAAAAAGCCAACUCAGUCCUAGUCUGCAUCAGCAGAGGGAUAGUAUCAAGAUCGCAAGAAGUAUUAGCCCUGUGUUAUACUGUACUGGUAAGACUACACCAGUUCAGGCAUCCAGUGUUUGUCACCAUGAGAAAAAACAUUUGUUGAAACUCUAGAAAGGCUUCAGAGAAGAGCAAUAAUGAUGUUAAGGGGACUGGAGGCUAAACAUACAAUAAAUGAUUGAAGGAUAUGUUCAAUUUAACACAGAGAAGAAAUAAGGAUGACCUUCCAUGGCUUGUCUCCAGAAGUUGUGGGUGGUCCGUCUGGAGAUUUUUUAAGAGGAGAUUGGACAGCCAUUUGUCUAAAACUGUAGGGUCUCCUGCUUGGAAAGUUGGUCUCUCCCACCUCUUUUUAUGUAAUUCUGUAAGACCUUCAUAAACCUUUAGGGCUCAGCACACAGCUAAUCUUCACAAGCUAAGUAGCAUCACAUUUCACUAUUUCACAUGGAUUAGUCGCAAAGGUAGGUUUCUAGGAGUCGAAAAUGACUUGAUAGCAUUUAACCAGUAAAAACAUAUUGCAAAUGCCUUAGAUAGGGGUGGGACUUAGAAUAACUUUAUUGUCACUUUGAAUGUACGCUAAUCAGCAUACAUUAAAAUGAAAUUUCAUUGCAUACAGCUCUCAAAGUCAGCACCUCCAAUGUAGACUAAAUAAACAUGACAAAAUAAAUAAAUACAAAAUUAUGCAUAUACCCAGGUAUAAAAGUGUUCUUUUGCCUCUUUUGGGGAGAUGGCGGUCAGAUAGGCAGCAUCAGUGACUAGAACCCUCAGUACAGUAGAGGUAUCUGUGGUUGAGUUUUAAGGGGUUAAAACCAUCAAGUACUAUAUUGCUAGAAAGGAUGGGAGGCAAAGCACAGCAACUUCCCCUUCCAAAUGGCUCAUGGGAGGAAGUUGGUGUACAGAGGGUCUUUCGUGCCCUUCCCAGGGUCGAAGCAGCAGCUGGCAGCAAACAAGAUGGUCAGGAACAUCCUGAGGUAAAUCCAAAUACCAUACAGAGCACACAGAAGAAAAAAAGCGGGGGAAAUGCUUUGCUUCUACAGCGACCAAAUGUAGCAUAGAUUGCCUCAUGCAGGAGUCAGCACUCAACUUACAACUGCUCUGUUCUUGCCCAUUGUACAAUUUUACUGUUCCAACUAUUAAAUUUAAUAUCCUAAGACCCCUCCAAUUUAUAGCUGGACAGCAUUUAAACCAAAUUGUUUCACAAGAUCUUUGUAUUUUUGUAUACUUAAUGGUUUUGUCAUGAGAUCAGCUAAGUUAUUUUCUGGUGGACAAUAAAUUAUGUCCAUUACAUUUUCUUUCACUGCUCCUCUAACAUUACAUUAUUUUAUGUCAACACGCAACACGCUUGCUUCUGGUUUUCACUCUCACGUUGUGUUAUCUUCAAAUACUGGUACAGCUCCUUUCACUUCAAUAUCCGAAUCCUUUACUAACUAUAUACACCAUGUCAUCUCUGAAGACAAUUGUGAUAAUACUAUGAAUUGUGCUGCAGCUGUGGAAGUGGCAACUGAAGUCUGUUUUCUAGAUUUCCAAAUAGCUAGUAUGUUUGCUAACAUAACAAAUCCUGACAUUGACUUUCUGUCUUGUACAUCAUCAGCCCAAAUAGUGUCUACAAUUCCAACUCACUUGAUAGUUGUAAAUGCAAUCCUAAAUGUGUGGUUCCCUUUCAAUAAGACAGUAUCCUUUUAAUUCCUAACCAAUUUUGUUAUAUAGGUUGUUAUAUGUAGUAGGUUAAAAUGUUGACUGAAUUGGUAAUGUCUGGCCACGAUAUGUGAUAAAUACUGCAUAAACAGACUUCCUAUGACUGCCUGAUAGUUCUGGAUUACAAAUUGUUCUAUUUUUGAUGGUUUUAAAAUCUGGUAUCUUGUGAGUGUGCACAUUUUCACAACUUUCUAUAUAUUUUUAGCAAUUGUUCUAUUUUCUUCUUUUGAGUUAGAACAUUCUAUCUAUCUAUCUAUAUAUCUGCCUACCUACCUACCUACCCACCUAUCUCGUCAAGCAUGUAUUUGAUAAUAAGUACAAGCUGCUCUUUUGCCCCUAUCGGGAGAUGACAGUCACAUAUCAGUGACUAGAAAGCCCUUAAUAGGUGUUGUGUCCUCAUGGCCCUUUACACUUGGAGACAAGGCUGUUGCUAGGGGGAGCCUGAUUGGCUAAAGCGCGAGCAGCCAAACAAGCGGGAGAUUGGAGAGCUCUUAUUGGUUCUGCCUGUCUGACAGCCCGCUUUUUUAAGCAGCUGUCAGGCAGCGAUUGUUUUUGUUCGUUAGUAAUGUUGCUCACCUAGUUAGUUAAUAAAGAGUUCGAGUUCACACGAGUCUUACUGCUGUGUGUUUGUUCUGAAAACUCAACAAUAGGCAUACGUGGUUGAGCUUAAAGGAGUUAAAACCAUUGAGUACAGCAUUGCUAGAAAGGAUGAGAGGAGAGUAACUUCUUCCGGAUCACUCAUGGGAGGAAGGUGGAGUGCAGAGUGGUUUUUCUGUUCUUCCCAGGGUCGAAGCAACAUCUGGAAGAUAAAAGAUGAUGCCAGAAGACCACGCUGGACAACUGAGAAUAACAAGCAAUAUUGAAAAGCAAAGUAGAUUGAGGUAGAAAUAAAAAUAUUCUCCAUUUCCAUCAGAAAAACCACACAAUUCUUCUCCUUCCCCAGUAGGUGAAAGAAAAUCAGGAGGAGAUUUUGAGCUGGAAACCAUUUUCACUAAAGGAUUUACCACAUUGGAAGCACUUGUAGGAGUAUGUGGAACUAAAGGACACAGUACACAAAAAGGUCAAGGGAAAUUAUAUUUCCAUUCAGAAAGAGGGAAAUAUUUGGAAGUCAGUGGGGAGGAAAAGAUCAAUUAAAUAGGCACAUAGGGCAGACGGUAAUACAAGUGUUGCCCUGGGAGGAAGAAAAGGACAUAUAUCAAAGAACCACUAAACAAGGGAUCACGCAUAUUUUUGACCUUCUCAAGAAUAUCAGAUUUGUGUGAAUAUCAGUGUUGGAAAAGCUCCAUAGAUGUGCCUAUUGUGAGAAAAGUUCUAUUCACAAGUGAUUAUGCAGGGGAGAAUUCACUCUGGAAAAGAGCAGAUACAAAUUAUCUGAAUGUGGCAAAAGCUCAGGUCAGAACAGCUCCUUUUUCAUUAAUGGAAGGACCCACACAGGAGAGAUGUCCUACAAGUGCUUCCAAUGUGGUAAAUCCUUUAGUGAAAAUGGCAACUUGGUGAUACAUCUGAGGACUCAUAGCAGGGAGAAGCCGUAUGACUGUCCAGAUUGUGCGAAACGUUUCAUUGGAUAUUCCCACCUCAUGAGACACCUGAGGACUCACACAGGAGAGAAAUCCUUUGAAUGUCUUGUUUGUGGGAAAGGUUUCAGUAAGAAUUCUGUCCUAGUGAAACACCAGAGGACUCACACAGGAGAGAAACCCUUUGAAUGUCCUGUUUGCGGGAAAUGUUUCAGUCAGAAUUCUAACCGGGUGAACCAUCAGAGGACUCACACAGGAGAAAAACCCUUUGAAUGUCCUCUUUGUGGGAAAAGUUUCAGACAGAAUUAUGACCUGGUGAAACACCAGAGGACUCACACAGGAGAGAAACCCUUUGAAUGUCCUGUUUGUGGAAAACGUUUCAUUGAGAAUUCUCACCUGGCAAAACACCAGAGGACUCACACAGGAGAGAAACCUUUUGAAUGUCCUGUUUGUGGGAAAAGUUUCAGUCAGAAUUCUGACCUGGUGAAACACCAGAGGAUUCACACAGGAGAGAAACCCUUUGAAUGUCCUGUUUGCGGGAAAAGUUUCAGUCAGAAUUCUAACCUGGUGAACCAUCAGAGGACUCACACAGGAGAGAAACCCUUUGAAUGUCUUGUUUGUGGGAAAGGUUUCAGUAAGAAUUCUGUCCUGGUGAAACACCAGAGGACUCACACAGGAGAGAAACCCUUUGAAUGUCCUGUUUGCGGGAAAUGUUUCAGUCAGAAUUCUAACCAGGUGAACCAUCAGAGGACUCACACAGCAAAGAAACCCUUUGAAUGUUCUGUUUGCGGGAAAAGUUUCAGUCAGAAUUCCUAUCUGGUGAAUCAUCAGAAGACUCACACAGGAGAGAAACCCUUUGAAUGUCCCGUUUGCGGGAAAAGUUUUAAUCAGAAUUACAGCCUGGUGAACCAUCAGAGGAUUCACACAGGAGAGAAACCCUUUGAAUGUUCUGAUUGUGGAAAAAGUUUCAGUUGGAAUUCCAGUCUGCUAAAUCAUCAGAGUAUUCACAUAGCAGAGAAACCCUUUGAAUGUCCUGUUUGCGGGAAAAGUUUCAAUCACCAUUACAGUCUGCUGAAUCAUCAGAGAACUCAUACAGGAGAGAAGCCCUUUGAAUGUUCUGAUUGUGGGAAAAGUUUCAGUUACAGUUCCAACUUUGUAAGACAUAAGAGAAUUCACACAAGAGACAAACCUUUUGCAAGUGUAGAAUGUGGGAAAAAUUUCAAUGAAAAUUCUGACCCGGUAAAACAUCAGAGGACUCACAUAGGACAGCAACCUUUUGAGUAACCUGAUCCGCAUAUAGACGAGAGGUCGAAUGACUAGCCUUGUGGUGCAACCAAAACAAUCUGGAACUGAACACACUCAAAACCGUAGAAAUGGUGGUAGACUUUAGGAGAAACCCUUCCAUACUUCCACCUCUCACAGUACUUGACAACAUAGUAUCAACAGUAGAAACCUUCAAAUUUCUAGGUUCUAUCAUAUCGCAAGAUCUAAAAUCAAAAGCUAACAUCAAAAACAUCAUUAAAAAAGGACAACAAAGAAUGUUCUUUCUGCACCAACUCAGUAAGCUCAAACUGCCCAAGGAGCUGCUGAUUCAGUUCUACAGAGGAAUUAUUGAGUCUGUCAUUUGCACCUCUAUAACUGUCUGGUUCGGUUCUGCAACCCAACAAGAAAAACACAGACUUCAGAGGAUAAUUAGAACUGCAGAAAAAAUAAUUGCUACCAACCUGCCUUCCAUUGAGGACCUGUAUACUGCACGAAUCAAGAAGAGGUCCGUGAAAAUAUUUGUAGAUCCCUCACAUCCUGGACAUAAACUGUUUCAACUCCUACCCUCAAAACGACGCUAUAGAGCACUGUACACCAGAACAACUAGACACAAGAACAGUUUUUUCCCGAAGGCCAUCACUUUGCUAAACAAAUAAUUCCCUCAACACUGUCAGACUAUUUACUGAAUCUGCACUACUAUUAAUUGUCUCAUAGUUCCCAUCACCCAUCUCUUUCCACUUAUGACUGUAUGACUAUAACUUGUUGCUGGCAAUCCUUAUGAUUUAUAUUGAUAUAUUGACCAUCAAUUGUGUUGUAAAUGUUGUACCUUGAUGAACGUAUCUUUUCUUUUAUGUACACUGAGAGCAUAUGCACCAAGACAAAUUCUUUGUGUGUCCAAUCACACUUGGCCAAUAAAAUUCUAUUCUAUUCUAUUCUAUUCUAUUCUAUUCUAUUCUAUUCUAUUAUGGGUAUAUUUCAGUCAGAAUUCCAACUUGGUGAAACACCACAGGAUUCACACAGGAGUGAAAUCCUUUGAAUGUCCUGUGUGUGGCAAACAUUUCUGUCAGAAUUCAAACCUGGUGGUAUACCGGAGGACUCACAGUGGAGACAAAUCGGUCUGUGGGUGAUGCUUCUGGCAUAAAUUGUUCCCUAUUGCCCAUAUGGAAAUCCACAUGUGCAGUAUGAUAAGUACCACUUGUAGUAGUAUUGUGCUGUGUAGUGCUGCCGCUGCCGAAAAAAGCCAAUGCGGUUCUAGGCUGCAUCAACAGAGGCAUAGUGUCAAGACAAGAAGUGAUAGAGUUGCUUUACACUGUGCUGGUGACAGCAGACCUAGAAUAGUGUGUCCAGUUCUGGUCACGAGGAUACAACUAACCCCAUGUUGCUAUGAUUCUAUGAAUUCAGAGGCAGCUUAGAGAAUAGGUCCAUAGUAGCGCCAUAAACGUGCUUGUGGACUUUUUUUUAAAAAAGGUUAUUUUAUUCAAAAUAUUAAUAUACAGUACAAAUUCCAAAAACAGAAUUUUUAAAAAAGCAAAACAAGGAUAAAAAAAACAUAUUAAAAAAAUGUAGAUUAAAAAAAUACAAAAACAGUUUUACUUUUAUUAUCCCCCCACUAGAAUAUUCAUAAACAUAUUGGAGCAAUAUUAGUUGUCUCCCCUUGUGAAGCAGGCCCAAAAUUUAUAAACUUCUGCUUCUAUUUAUAACCAAUUUGACAUUCAACUAUCUACAAUCUAUAAAGGCAUUGUAAUUAACAGGUGAACCAACAACAAAGUUAAAUAACAAAGCACUUUGUUAACAAUCUACUAUUCCGUUUAAUUUGUACGAAGUUUAGAAUGGCUUCUUGUUUACCAUAAAUCACCAGAAUCGUUGUCUCUGAUUUGUCCGGGCUGAAAUAUCUUUGUUUGAUUCUUAUUAAUAAAAAUGUUUCUUAACAUUUAAGUUGAGAACAAUAAGACAACAGCUGUGUUUUAUUCCCCCAAAUCAUAAACCUCUUGGUUGAUCCAUUUUCCACAUUGUUUUCCAGUUAGAUAUGGUAGAUCCAUUCCCCAGUCUUCUUAAGAAAGUCCAGUUCAUAAUGCAUCGAGUCUGUUAACUCCAAAUCUGUAGGAGCCACAUCCAUUUCAGCCUUCUCCCAACCAUCCUGCUGAGACAGGACAUGAAAAAUAGAUUAAAAUCAGAUUGUUCCUUAAGAUAAGAAAGAGGUGAAGAACAAUGUUAAAAGGGCAAACCACAGUUUCACACAUUAUGUCAGUAACCACACGAACUAUGUUAGAUAUGUGAAAUGCUAGCAAGGGGGGCCUGCUCACCUCCCUCCUGUUAGAAGAGGAAGGGGGGAGCAAGAUAUUAAACUGCUUUUUUUUUUUGCACAUCUGUAUGAGCCAAUAACUGAUCAAUGCUGAGAUGAUGCUGUUAUGAUGUAUGUUUCCAUGUUUUUCCAAGUAUAAGAAUGCUUGUUUGUUCAUAAGGAAGCUGUUCAGAUUUGGCUUUGGCUAUAUCAAUCUGGACCUAUUUUGUUUGCGCAGACAAAAUACAGCUACCUUUGAUUCUGA